CCCAGCCUGGGGCCGGGGUGGGGACCGGCUUGGUGACACAUGCUCUCUUGCUGGUCGGCUUGCUCUGUCUUGCGGGGACACGGAGGCUCUUGAACACCCACAGAGGCAACUUAAGGACAGCGUGCCUUCUCUCUGCCCAGCUCCCUGCACUUCUGACUCUCUCGUCUCCCUGUCCAUCCAUCCGUUCGGGACACCUCCUGUCCCUGCCCCAACCCAAGAACCAGCCCAUCCCACCCCCUGCCCCCUGCAGCUGGCCCCAGCAGAAGCCCCAGGUGUGGAGGCAAGUGACAGGAAUGGCCGUGAAGAUGCUGGUCAUAGCAGUGGUUCUGGUCGCUGCAGACCCUCCCUCAGCCCAAGCGGAGGAGAAGGACAAGGUGCUCCACGGUGGGCCCUGUGAGCAGACGUCUCACCCCUACCAAGCUGCCCUCUACAUGGCGGGCCACCUGCUCUGCGGAGGCGUCCUCAUUCACCCGCUGUGGGUCCUCACCGCUGCCCACUGCAAAAAACCGAAUCUGCAGGUCUACCUGGGGAAGCACAACCUUCAGCAAAGGGAGUUUUUCCAGGAGGAGAGCUCUGUCGUCCGGACCGUGGCCCACCCGGGCUACAAUGCCGCCACCCACGACCAGGACAUCAUGCUGCUGCGUCUGUCACGGCCGGCCAGGCUCUCCGACCACAUCCAGCCUCUGACCCUGGAAAGAGACUGCUCAGCCAACCACGCCAGCUGCCACAUCCUAGGCUGGGGCAAGAUGGCAGACGGUGAAUACCCCGACACCAUCCAGUGUGCGUACGUCCACCUGGUGUCCCGUGAGAAGUGUGAUCAUGCCUACCCUGGCCAGAUCACCCAAAACAUGGUGUGUGCCGGGGAUGAGAAGCAUGGGAAGGACUCCUGCCAGGGCGACUCCGGGGGUCCACUGGUAUGUGGCGACCGCCUCCGAGGCCUCGUGUCGUGGGGUAACGUCCCCUGCGGCUCCAAGGAGAAGCCGGGUGUCUACACUGACGUCUGCAGAUACGGUCACUGGAUCCAAAAAGUCAUUCAGGCCAACUGAUCCUGACCUGUGACCUCCACCUCUUGACCUCUUCCCCUCCUCCUGCCUACACCUAACCCUAAUGCUUAAUAAAAAGCCGUGACACCACAGUGCAGACCCUUCCUGGUUCUACCCCAGCCCCACCCUCUCAUCGCUAGGUGUGACGGUGGACACGGGCUUAGGUCUUACCCCCGCCACUAACAGAAUACAAACAAUUCCCUUCCAGUGAUCUCUCCCUCCCUUGAUGACCCCAUGGGCUCAAUUUCUUCCUACAGAGAAGUGGUCUCUUGUCUGGCCAGAGUCGAGUUGGGGGGUCCCACCUCCCCCACUUGCUAGCCAUGUACCCACAGGAACUGCCCUCCUUCACUGUGUAGGUUUUCUCCUCUGUAAAAAUGAAGAUAAGAAUCAUACAUGCCUCAUAAGGCAGUGGCUGUGGUGGGGGAGAUUGAAGGUUGUAAAAGUGUGAAACACAAGCAACAGUGCCUGGCACACCCACGUGAACAAUAAAAGAGUGAAUUUUA